AUUCCAAUCAACGGCUCACUCUACCCCUCCCUUUCGAAGCACUUCGGUGGCUGACACAGAAUUGAUGUCUUCACGUUUUCGCUUCUUUGCCAAAGGAGAUAACAUAUUUACAAAACGCCCUCUGUAGAGCAGUUUGUCCAUUUAGGGCUACUGUAGAAACAACAUGGCGAAUUCCAUGAAAGGGGACCCGCGGUGUAUCUAUAUAGAAAUAGAUCAUUCUAAGGUAAUAAAAACACAACACUUCAUUAUUUAAGAUCUUUAUACACCUCUGAAGACAUGUAUAUUAUAUAGAAUUUCUGUCAACAGAUCCUCCAAAAAAUGUACACACAGUACCUUUAAAGGGGUCAUAUGACAUCGCUAAAAGAAUAUUAUCGUUUGUUUUAUAUGUAAUACAAUGUGUAUACACAAUUUAAGGUUCAAAAACGCUGUAUUUUCCACAUACCGUGCAUGUUUGUAUCUCCUCUUUGCCCCGCCUCUCUGAAAUGUGCAGAUUUUUUACAAAGCUCAUCGCUCUGAAAAGCGAGGUGUGCUAUGAUUGGCCAGUUAACCAGCGCAUAGUGAUUGGUCGAAUAUUGCAAGGGUGUGACGGAAGUGUAACGCCUCUUAACAUAUUUAGAACAUCAAGUUCCAAAGCAAUUGUGCUGACAGGAUACGGCCAUCUUACUUGCGUAUACAUUUGGGUGGUCUUGGUCAAAUCAUACCACAAACUGACAUAGAUUUGUGGGGGUGUGGUUACACGAGGCGUUUCAGGCAGGUAUGGGUGAGCAUUCGCUUUUAGAUAGAAUGCAUCUUUUGUUCCCACACUUUAAUUUUUGCAAUUUUACGUGUCUAAUACAUGCAUGGGCAACUUAUAACACAACAAAGACACAGAAAAACACAUAUUCGCACCAUAUGACUCAUUUAAAUACCGUAUGCAUGGUGUUUUCUGUCUCUGUGUUUUUUUGCAUUGAAUUAUAAAUCACUUAUAUUACAUUUAAGUAGCUAAAUCUCACUCACAGCUUGUUUAUGAGAACAUAUCACUCUUGUUAAGUUCUUUAUUCACAUACCCAGCUAUAACAAAUCUUUAAUUUCGUGGCCCCAGUUACUGAUCUUACAUAGCAAUCCUAAAAUCACCUUGCGUAUGUGCUGCUGAAUGUGUAUUUAAAUCACAGGAAACAAUUACACUCUUUCUUUGGUUCACAAAGAUUAGCCAAGAGCUGCAAAGGUUUAAAAAUGAACAUGCAGAUUUAGGAAGAUUUUCAUAUGGAGUGUGAGGCACGUACCCAAGGUUGCCUAACUCUGGUUUCAUUUAUCCAUAAUGAGGAAUUUCUGUACUGAUUUAAAGUGUGGCUGUUAUUUGCAACAAAAAUCACGUGGAAUAUCUUGCUGUAAACAUUUUUUCUACAAAAAAAACAUAUGUUACUGUAUUACCCUUAGUUUUCUCUACAAAUCCCCACAACUUUAAUGAUUCCUAAUUAUGCUUGUUUUAGGAAAACGUAUUUCACAAUAUGGCUAUUCUGAUGUUAAAACCUAAAACAUGUAAACAACCAAACAAGUGCUCUGCUUAUGCUGUCCAGAUAUUUUGCUGCGUUUCCUAUAAAUAAGAGACUUUGUGGGCAUUACAGAUCAUUAGUAGUACAGGAGGUUUACCAGAAGGUUUAUUUAGCAGAUUAUCUUCCCAAACAAUUCAAAUACACAACGCAAUGGAGCUUGGUUGAUAACACGAGACACUAAGGAGGCCCAGUUUUUACAGGUUCCUGAAUCGUUUUUCUGUGGAAUAUAACAGGUCAGGCCUAACAUUGUUAUAAACAACUAUGGGAAUGAAUGUAGAGGAUAGAGAGGCUGUAAGUCCUCCGGACGGUGGCUGGGGCUGGGCUGUUCUGCUGGGAGGUUUUGUCAUUACUGGCUUCUCUUAUGCUUUCCCAAAAGCUAUAAGCGUUUAUUUUAAAGAACUGAUGAAGGACUUUAACUGUGGAUACAGUGACACAGCCUGGAUUUCAUCCAUCAUGUUAGCCAUGCUCUAUGGCUCAGGACCGGUCUCCAGCAUCAUGGUUAAUAAAUUUGGAUGUCGUCCAGUCAUGUUGGUUGGCGGAUUAUUAGCCUCUGGAGGGAUGAUAAGUGCAUCUUUCACUACUAACAUUAUCCAGCUUUACCUGACUGCUGGUGUCAUCACAGGUCUCGGCCUAGCAUUGAACUUCCAGCCAUCACUGAUAAUGCUGGGGUCUUAUUUUGACAAACGCAGACCAUUGGCCAAUGGACUGGCUGCAGCAGGAAGCCCCGUAUUUCUGUCAGCCCUUUCUCCAUUAGGACAGAUUCUGCUGAACCGCUACGGAUGGAGAGGAGGCUUUCUCAUCAUGGGCGGUCUCCUACUAAAUUGUUGCACCUGUGGAGCAGUCAUGAGACCCCUGCAACGUAAAGAAAUAAAAACGAGGGUCAAAGGAGAGGCCUUUUCCCAAGAGCUCAAAGAAAUGCUGCCACCGAAGGCUGGACAAGAGAGUGAAAAUAAUAAUGAAGGAAGGCCCAGGAAAAAGAAGCUGUUGGACUUUGGUGUACUACGUGACAGAGGGCUUAUUAUCUAUAUCGUGGCAAAAUUUAUAGUUGUUCUUGGCCUGUUUGUUCCAACUAUUCUCUUAGUCAACUAUGCCAAGGACCAAGGAGUGCCUGACCAGGAUGCUGCCUUUUUGUUAUCUAUUAUAGGAUUUGUCGACAUCUUUGCACGACCCACGUGUGGCGUAGUGGCUGGUUUAAAGUGGGUCCGACCCAAGAUGCCAUAUUUCUUCAGCAUUGCCUUGCUUUUCAACGGCCUGACAGAUGUUUGUUCAGCCACAAACACAGAUUACAAGGGGCUUGUUAUAUUCUGUGCAUUUUUUGGACUCUCCUAUGGGAUGGUGGGUGCUCUACAAUUUGAAGUGCUCAUGGGGAUUGUGGGGACAAGCAGUUUUUCAAGUGCACUUGGGUUGGUGCUCCUCAUUGAGGCAGUGGCUGUGCUGAUCGGACCUCCCUCUGCUGGUUAUUUAGUGGACGCCUACAAGAACUAUGAACUUAUUUUUUACAUGGCUGGAGGUGAACUGAUCACGGCUGGAGUAUUUCUUGCCCUUGCGUCAUUCUGCUGCAUUAAACAAAAGAAAAGCAAAGACUCGCCUCAGAUGCAUCAUGCUGAAGAAGAAAACAAUCACAUUCAGCAUGAAUCCUAAGAAAUUGCGAGAGUUUUGAAGGCCCCGUGAACCGGAAGUUGCGGUCGUUUUUACUUCCGCAUUUUGACGCAUUUCCGAGGGAAAUGGAAUUUCUAAUGAGGAAAAAUAGUGGGCGUGGCUUUCGUCUUUCUCUGCGAUUUGAUUGGAUGUAUAAAAAGAGCCGUUGUAUUUUUUUAAUGUCACUGGCAGCAGACUGACAGUUGAAGGGGAGGAGUUAACGGAUGCUCCGCCCAAGCCGUCUAACAUACGUCAUUAUAUGUAAUGAUGGAUAGUCAUUACAGGAAGGAUUUUCAGAUUUUAACUAAAAUUAUGAGGGCACACGAAUUUUAAAAAGAGAAUGACCCACAUUGUUAAACUAUUUACAAAAAACGCUGCAAUAUUUCAUGAAAAAAAUAGGCAUUUUAUUUUGUUAUUUCACUGGUACUCAGGGCUGGCCUAGGACGUUAAAUUGGACCUGGCAUGUCCGAUUAGCAAUUGCAUUCGCGUUCCAUGCAUACAUGCCCGAUUCACGCUUCUAAUCCGUCCGUCCGAAUUGUUUCGGCCCAAAAAGUACAUCGGCCCAACGGGAAAAUGCCCGGUAUGCCCGAUGGCCAAUCCAUCCAACUAAAGAUUAUGAGGGCACACACAUUUUAAAAGCAGACUGAUCCAUAUUGAUAAACUAUUUACAGUAAACGCUGCAAUAUUUCAUGAAAAAAAGCAAUGUAAUUUUUAAUUUCACUGGGACUUUAAAGUACUAUUCUAUAUUUGUGAGUGUUUAACAUGAAUGAAACUCUACUCAACGGAAUACGGCUUAUUUCUGUAUAUUCGAAUCUAUGUAUAUGUAUAUGUGAAAGAUAUGUUAUAAUUAAUUUGAAGAUUAUGAGGGCACACACACUUUAAAAGCAGAAUGAUCCAUAUUGAUAAACUAUUUACAAUAAACGCUGCAAUAUUUCAUGAAAAAAAGCAAUGUAAUUUUUAAUUUCACUGGGACUUUAAAGUACUAUUCUAUAUUUGUGAGUGUUUAACAUGAAUGAAACUCUACUCAACGGAAUACGGCUUAUUUCUGUAUAUUCGAAUCUAUGUAUAUGUAUAUGUGAAAGAUAUGUUAUAAUUAAUUUGUAAAUAAAUAAAAAAAAGUUGUCAAAAAUGAA